AAUCCCAGGAUCACAGCAAAGAUUCCGUUCAUGAUACCGCGAGCCUCCAGCUCAUGCCGAGCCGUCCAAGCCAAACUAGCCAUGGUGCGCGAGUGAACCAGGUCCAUGUAGAUGUAAUGAUGCUCCGUAAAUUAAGUGAACGAAGAAAGCAGAGAGAGAGAGAGAGAGAUGAGAGCAAGUAGUGAAGGUACAGCGCCUCUGACUGCCCAUAUAUUACAGCAAGUCGACAACUCCAAUUCCCCACACAAUCUUCCCAGUACAAGCUCUAGACGGUCUCUACUGCCUUGUGGAAUUAGACUCGACCGCCUUCUUAUUCCCAUAUACACCUGAACGUCAAUCAAGCAGAGCAGCACCAUUGGCUUUUAACAUGUUUAGUGCGGGAGAAUAUUCUGAUGCUGCCUUUGAAGGCAUGAGCUCGCUCCCGUGCACUAAAAAGAAGAAGAAGAACAAGCUGGUGAACAAGAGAAGGUUCAGUGACGAGCAGAUCAGGUCAUUGGAGUCCAUCUUCAAAUCCGAGUCGAGGCUAGAGCCCCGCAAGAAGCUGCAGCUGGCUAGGGAGUUGGGGCUGCAGCCCCGCCAGGUGGCCAUUUGGUUCCAGAACAAGAGAGCCCGAUGGAAGUCCAAGCAGCUGGAGCGUGACUUCGCCAUUCUUCGCGCCAACUACAACGCCCUCUCUUCCACGUUCGAAUCUCUCAAGAAGGAGAAGCAAUCCUUGAUCACCCAGGUUGAGAAACUAAACCGGCUGAUUGAGAAGCCGCAAGAAGAGGGCCAGAGCUGCAGGCAUGAUUCGGCAACAAACAGCAUCGAUCGCGAAUCCGGCAAUGGGGAUCCCAAGCAUGAAGACAGUCAGCCUGUAUUACCGGAUAAAUCAAUGCGUUUGAUGGGAAUCCCAUGUGAGGAUGACUACUUUGGACUAGGAGAGGAGCAGAGCCUCCUAAACAUGGCCGAACCCGAUCCUGAACCUGCUCCUGCAGAUAGUUCCUUGACAUCAGCUGAGCACUGGGGCAGCUUGGAGACCAAUGAUCUUCUCAAUCUGUCGUCUGGCAGUUCGCAGUGGUGGGACUUCUGGUCUUGAGUGGAUGGCUCUUUAAAACAGAUUACCCAACGAAGCCCCCCAAAAGAAUGAGGUACUCUCUUCAGUGCCCCUGAAGAAACUCAGGACUCCAAAGUACCAGUUGUGUAGUCAUAUGGGCUUUCAUCAGGAGAAACUGUUGUUCCUAAUGCACACACUUUCCUUGAAUAAGCAAGCAUCCCAAGAAAGAGGACAUGAAAUCAAUUGACAAUCCCUGAGUGCGAGUUGCUGCUGCAGCUAGUGGUAAUUUAAAGAUAUUGAGCACUGAAGAAAAACCAGUACCACGAGUCAGCACUGGUGAGAACAUCCCACCAACAUGUAAAUAAAAAUGUCCAAGACUGCUUCAAUGAGGAGGAUUUUUGUCCAUGUUACAUCAGUAGGGUAGCAAACCACUUUCUUUCAUUUUACCCCUCUUGCUCCAAUAAAUCUGUUUAUGGAAGAGAGAAUGCAGGAAACGAAAUUCAGCA